AAACCACGGCUAGCCAAGUUUACGCCGUUUUGCGUGGUUUUUGUCAAACGACUAAAAACGAGAGAUGGUUUUCAAAGUGUUUUUGUUGGAGAACCGUUUAAACAUGCCAAAGAGUGAAAGCAGAUCAUAAAAUGCUGAAAACCACUUGGUUGGUUCGGAUGCCAAAAACCAAACCCGACAACCGAAAGCCGAACGCUGGUUUCUUAAAGCCGAACACUGGAUGGCUUGGUUUUUGGUUUGGGCGAACACCAAGUGUUUUUAAUGACUUAAACAAGUUUGAAAAACAUUUUUAUGAUGUAAGAAAUGCAAUGAGAGAUUUUAGCCUAAAGAGCCAAGCAUUGAGCGCACCAUCCCUAACUAUCAUAGGCAUCGUGAUGACUCCUUCGGCCUCGAUGGAGUCUCUCGUGAAUCUGGAUAGGGGGGGUGCGCACAUGCUUGAGGUCUUUCCGGCAUGGGCCGAGGUCCUUGAAGGUCUUCUCGUACAUGAUAUUUACCCAGCUCCCAGUAUCCAGCAAGGUUCGGUGCACUAUAAUAUUGUCUAUCUCCAUCUAGAUGACGUGAGCAUCUCGGUGGGGGCUCGGUGUGUUCGGGAUGUCCUUCUCUGUAAACUGGAUUUGCUCCCUCCUCCCGAGUUUAUUCGCCAGCACCUGGUGGACUUUGGCGACGUACGCCAUGUGCUUCCACUUCUUCCUGUAGGCGAUGGAGACCCCACUGAUGUUCCCACCAUGGAUGAAGCCAAUAGGGUACCCCUACGCUUUGUUGUCAUCUAGGUCAUCGCACUCUCAGCUGCCUAUGUGCCUCUUCUCCGGGUUCCUUCCUUGCGUGGCCACGACGACAGGCUCGAUCGGCUUCCUCCAGGUUCUUCCAUCCGGUGCCCCUCGUGACGGGGCUGCACCGUCCUCCCGGGGGGACGGGCCCUCGGGAAAUCAAACACUACAUCUCCU